CGUGCCCCAGCACCCUCUGCCCGUCGUCGCGAAGCCUCUCCUGUCGAAGGUCAGGUUGGGCCCUACGCCCGUGCCGAUGCCACGGUCGACCGCCGUCAGGUAUCUGCCCGCGCCCCCGGCCCCUCCGAGCGUCGCCGUUCCCCCCGUCCCGAGGGUCCCAUUGGCCCCUAUGCUGAAGGUGCUGAGAAACGCGCUCCUGCUCCGUCCCCUCCUCCCCGGGCUCGUAGGGUUUGAGCCCAUUAAGCAACUUUCAAGAACACCCUCUCAUCUCACCCCACACCCAGUGCUCCCUAUCGCUGGCGAUAUCAUCCUGUUCCCCUUUUAACAAUUCCCCCGGUUUUGACUGAGCGAUCCUAGAACGGACAGCCGAUGGUCCUAUCUCCGUAGCCUUAGUGUAACCCGUCGAUUCCCCGUCAUGAUUACCUCUUCAUUAAUUCUUG